GUUUGGUUGAUAUUACAAAGGAUCCAGACUUUAAUGGAAUCUAUGAUGAAGACAUGAAUGAAGAUCCAACAUAUAAUCCCAAUAGCCCUGAAGAAAAAGCUGUUUUUAUGAAAUAUGCUGAAAAUAUUAUGCUAAAAUUGACAUUUAGUACCAUACAAGUUCAACAGUGUGAAGAUGUUUUUAUAUUUGAAACAGCCUAUUGGCUUACUAAUGCUAUAAAAUGUAAUCAGGAUUAUCUUGAUAUUUGUACCUAUCAGAGACUACAGCAAAGAUUGUAUCUUCAGAAAAAGGUUAUUCAAAAACACUUUGAGAAGAAAACAGACAUCAGAAAAGGGAUGGGAUACCUAAAGUUAAUAUGUUUUCUGAUUCCAUUUCUACUGAGUUUAAAAAAGAAGAUGAAAGUUCCAUAUUUAAAUAGUCUGCUUCCGCCUUUUUCAGAUGACAAGGUCAAGACAGAGCGAGAAUUGCCUCCAUUUAUUUAUGGGCGAGAUUUUAAAUGCCAGCAUUUUCACUACAAAGAAGAUCAAUAUUUUCAUGUUCAUGGAGGAAUUGAAUUUGAUAUCAGCACACCUUCAAUUGAGAAUGCUUUGGAAGACUUUAAGAAUAAUUUAGAAAAAAUACGGGAUUGUGCUGCUAAUACAUUUGUAGAAGAUUCAGGAUACAAAGAAUUUUACUCAAUACCAGUUAUGGAACUUAACGGAAAAAGCUACUAUGUGAUCUCUUUUGAACUUGAAACUUUUUAUCAUCAACUAUAUAAGACAAAGUGGUGGGGAGCCAUAAAUGAAAUCGUGAACAAUCUGAAACCAAAAAGACUUCCACUAACAGAUGCUCAAUUACAUGAACAAUUUAAGAAAAAAUUUGGUUUCAAAAAAGCUAUGAAAUGCAAGAGCAUCCCAUUUGGUAUGAAGUCUGCUGUUGAAAGAGGAUUAGCUGCUGUUUUCCAUACAUUUAGCCGUAAAACCUCAAGCUUGACCAUCAAUGUUUCAGAUGAGGCAGGCUAUGCCAUUUUCCAUCAUGCUGCUUUACACAACAGACUUUCUAUUAUAUGUCAACUGUGCAAUGCUAACUUCAAUGUCAACCAAAGACGCUUUGUUAUGUCUAGCCAAGAGUCAUCAAAAAUGGACAUGAAAAAAGAAAGAAAUGGUCCAACACCUCUGCACCUGGCUGCACAGGCUUGCUCAUUGGAAACAACCACCUGUCUACUCUGUUUCAAAGCUGAUUACACACUUUCUGAAAAAAGAGGCUGGAUGCCGAUUCACUUUGCCGCUUUCUAUGACAAUAUUGGCAUCAUCAUUGCUCUCUGCAGGAAGGAUCCUAGUUUGAUAGAAGCGGAGGCGACAGCUGAGAAUCAGUGUACUCCACUGUUGCUUGCUGCAACUUCAGGAGCCCUGGACACUAUUCAGUACCUAUUUUCUCUUGGUGCCAACUGGAGAAAAACAGAUAUUAAAGGAAAUAAUAUAAUUCAUUUAUCAGUGCUAACUUUUCAUACAGAGGUUCUCAAGCAUAUAAUAGAGUUAAAUAUUCCCGAACUCCCGGUUUGGAAAACGUUGGUAGAAAUGUUGCAGUGUGAAAGCUAUAAACGAAGGAUGAUGGCUGUGAUGUCCUUGGAAGUAAUUUGCUUAGCAAACGAUGGAUACUGGAAACAUAUAUUGGAUGCAGGUACCAUUCCUGCCUUAAUUAAUCUAUUAAAAUGUUCCAAAAUAAAAUUACAGUGCAAAACAGUCGGGUUAUUGAGUAAUAUCUCAACCCAUGCAAGCAUCGUGCAUGCUAUAGUAGAGGCAGAAGGCAUUCCAGCUCUGAUCAACCUACUGGUUUCUGAAGAACCUGAACUACAUUCUCGCUGUGCUCUCAUUUUAUAUGACAUUGCUCAACUUGAAAACAAGGAUGUUAUUGCCAAAUAUAAUGGAAUCCCAGCUCUGAUAAGUCUCUUGAAGUUAGACAUAGAAAAUGUGCUAGUAAAUGUAAUGAACUGUAUACGAGUAUUAUGUAUAGGGAAUGAACAAAAUCAAAGAGCAGUGAGAGACCAUAAAGGCAUCCAACAUCUUAUCACAUUUCUGAGUUCAGAUUCAGAUGUGUUGAAGGCUGUAUCAUCCGCUACGAUUGCUGAGGUGGCACGUGACAACAGGGAAGUGCAGAACGCUAUGGCUUCAGAAGGAGCCAUUCCUCCUCUGGUGGCUCUUUUUAAAGGGAAACACCUUAGUGUCCAAGUCAAGGGUGCAAUGGCUGUGGAAUCGCUGGCAAGUUACAACCCGUCUAUACAGAGAGAAUUUCUGGAAAAAUCAUUAAGCAAAUAUCUUUUAAAACUCCUCAAGGCGUUUCAAAUAGAUGUUAAGGAACAAGGAGCUGUAGCCCUUUGGGCCUUGGCUGGUCAAACGCUGAAACAACAGAAGUAUAUGGCAGAGCAGAUUGGAUACAACUUUAUAAUAAACAUGCUUCUGUCACCAUCAGCUAAAAUGCAGUAUGUUGGAGGUGAAGCAGUCAUAGCUCUAAGUAAGGACAGCAGGAUGCACCAAAAUCAAAUAUGUGAAGGGAAUGGAAUUGCACCAUUGGUUCGCUUACUAAGGAUCAAUAAAAUAGCUGAAGGCACACUUCUGAGUGUCAUCAGAGCAGUGGGGUCCAUUUGUAUUGGUGUUGCUCAUACAAGUAAUCCUGUCAGUCAACAAUUUGUUGCAGAGGAAAAUGCCUUUCCAGUACUUAUCCAAUUACUGAGAAACCACCCUUCUCCUAACAUUAAGGUUGAAGUGGCAUUUUCCUUGGCAUGCAUUGUCCUAAGGAAUGAUCUGUUACAGAAUGAAUUACAAGAAAAUGAAGGAUUUAAGUAUGCUGAUGUCCUUUAUCUUCUUCACUCACAAGAUAAGGAUAUUUGUUUAAGGGCAGGUUAUGCAUUAACCCUUUUUGCCUUCAACAAUCGCCUUCAACAAUACUUAAUAUUGGAAAGUGGAAUAAUGACCAUAUCAAUUUUUGAACCUUUUCUUGAAUCAACAAUUGAAACUGAGAAGGCAAUGGCAGCAUUUCAGAUUAUUGUAUUAGCUAAAGUCAUUAUAGAUGUGGACCAUAUUACUCUGUCUGCAAGAGGUGUCACUAUUUUAGUUGACAGUCUGUAUUCAGUUCAUUCCACUACUAUUGUCUUGACAGGGAACUUAAUAGCUAGCCUGGCUCAUUCUAGAGCUGGUAUUCCAGAAGCAUUUACCACAUUAGGAACAAUCCAACGGCUCUGCUAUCAUUUGUAUUCAGGAAAAGAAGAGGUUCGCACAGCUUGCUCCUGUGCUCUUGGCUACUUAACUUACAACGCAAAUGCUUUCCGCAUCCUAUUAAAAGAAUGUAGAAAUAAGCCUAAUCAGUUCCUUCGAUUAACAAAUAAUAUCAACAGAGAUGCAAGUAUUAACCCAGCAUUUCUAAAGGAAUUUCAGAUGCAACAGCAAGUUGGACUUCCUACAUUAAGUCUAGAGAAAAAUGGAGGACCAUCCAUAAUUCCGGUCUUUAAGAAAGGGAAAGAUCACCGAAGAAAAUUAAAACCUAAAAUUCAACCAAGAGAUUCUUUGACUUUAAUACCUCCUGUAGCUAAUUUCAUGGGACUCUUCCAAACAACAAAAAAGACCACGGUUUCUCACAAUGUUUUUUCGUUUUCAUCUGCAACUUCAUCAGAUAUCAUAGAAGUAUCAAGACCAAGAAUAGUGGUUUUGAGCCAACUUGGGAAACAUGUACAGAAAGCCAAUCCAGAGCCUGCAGAAGGCUAAUAAAAGCAUUAGAAU